UUGUCUUUCCCGAAAAAUGUCGACUUGCUGUCAAAGUUUGCUACAAAAAUACAAAGAAUUCGUAAAUUAACCAAAUGUUUCCUCCGUAAAUCAAAAAAUUUCAUUCAAAAUAAAAAAACAAAACAAUCGCCCAAAAACGACGAAAGGCAUACAAAAUUUAGAGGCAAAUGUCAAAACGAACGGACACGUAAAGUCAGGCCAGGGAAAAAGAAAAUUUUGUGUUUUCAACAACAAGGCGCUGAAAAACAGACAGACAGUAAAUUAGCGAAAUAACUUGCAGUGGAGCAGCAGCAGCAGCAGCAGCAACGGAGGCGAGAGGCAACAGCAGCAUCAGCGGUGGCAGUGACAGCUUAUGAGAGGGAAAUCAUAAUUACUAAAUUGGCCAAUUGCUUUUUAUCUAAGAAAAAAUUCGUGGCUUAAAGUUUCAAAUAUUGAAUAGUAAUCGUGUAGUUACCGAUAAAAACUUACAUCAACGUACCCAAAUCGGUGACAGUCAUCGCUGUUUGCAAUUUUGUGUUGUUGCUGCUGCACGCAAAGGCAUUCAACGACACGUAAGGUGAAGCAGUUGCAAAUUGACUUUUGCAGUAAAGGAAUAAAAGCACAUCUCGAACGCCGCCACCAGUUAGCAGCGUUUCAGCAAAUAGAAUACGGCGAACUACGGUUAGUAGAUUUCCUUUGUCUGAAUACAAUGUGCAUUUCAUUGGGAUCUGAGUAAUCUGCCAAUACCGCCGCUUACCAACUCUGUACCCACACUCCUCACAUGUAAGGGCACCUGUCAUAGCGCAUAGAAUUCCAGUAAACAUAACAAAGAGCUCGACUUGAGAUUGUUUAAUACAUAUGCGCUUGCCAGCGAUUUUGGCAUAAAAAAUAUAAAUGGAAUAAUUUGACAUUUGUAUGACGCAAUUAAGGCGUUAAAAUAAUAAUUGGAAUUCCCAAGAUAAAUUUCUAACGCACAAGAAAUAGAACAUAUACACGUUUCGAAAUAGGAUAGCACCGUACGCUAAUACACACACGCACGCGAAGAACAAAACUGAAACCCAACGAAUGGGCGCAAAGGCGAGUACUCCGACAGCCAGCGGCCAAAGCCCACGUUCGCGUACCUUUUCCAGCAGUUCAACUGGAACGGACGCUGCACAAACCGCGUCCAAUAGUGGUCUGGGCAGUGCUUCAACUGGUGCCGAUGGCGGCCAGGGCUUCAACUUGUUGCGUACACUGCCCAGCUUGCAGGUGCAACAUCACGUCCAAAAUUCGAGCAUCGACCGGCAGAGAGCACGUAGUUUAAGUUCAGUACCGGACAUUCACAAUCAACAACAUGGCACCUCGAAUACCUCUUGUGUUGUAGGGGGACCGCAUACACAUCCAGCUGUCAGCACAGCGCCCAGUAGCAAUGCAUUUGGUUUGUCCUCACAAGCGCACUCCUCAGCUGCUGCCAACUAUCUGCAACAUCAGCAUUAUCCACUUGGAGGCGAUGGUAGUAUUCGUAUGAGUGUGCCCGUCAGUAGCAGUUCGUUUCAUGACAACUCGCUUAUGCUGAAUGGUGGAAGUGGUGGUGGUCUCAGUGCUGGUGGCCGUGGCCUCGUGAGCGGACCGCAUUCGCAUACGCUAAACUUUGAAGAGUUGCAGGACGCUUCAGCAGCAGGCGCAAAUUUUGUUGAGAGCAUUGCAUUGGCGGCAUCCUCAUCUAGUGGCGCGAGCGGUAUUGGGCGCGUCUACACCGCAACGUCGCUGCCAUCGCAUAUUUGGUCAUUUAAUGGUAUUAAGUGUCCAGUAUGUAACAAAUUUGUGUUGCCCGACGAUAUUGAAUGCCAUUUAGUUAUGUGCCUCACCAAGCCACGACUGUCAUACAAUGAGGAUGUUUUAUCCGAUGCUAAGGGCGAAUGCGUAAUUUGCUUAGAAGAUUUGAAUCCCGGUGAUAUUAUUGCGCGAUUGCCGUGCUUGUGUAUUUAUCAUAAAGGCUGCAUCGAUCGAUGGUUCGAGGUGAAUCGAUCUUGCCCCGAGCAUCCCGGCGACUAGUUGAACCUCACAAACAGUUUUAGAGAGGGACAUGAAUUGGAAUCAUAACUAAUCAAUGUAUUGAGUAAUAAUGAACCUAGUGAUAUAAUCUAUAUUCAAAAAAUAAUAAAAUAGAAAUUAGUUGUAAAUUCUUUUUUAUACUGUGACGUAAAAAUAGGCGAACAUAAUAACAUAAACUUUAAAUUAAAAAAAAAAAUUAAAACAAACAAAAAAAUAACAAUUGAGGAAGUAAAAGAAAAACCUAGCAAAGAAACAUUGAAAACUAAAAAAAGUUUAAAAAAUGCAAACAUAAGAAAACAUAAAAUAUAUAGAGUAUGUUCGUAAUUUCUGUGUGUCUUAUCGUUUAUGAAUAUGAAUAUACAAUAGUUUUGUUGUGAUUUAAAUUGUAUUGUAUAUAUUAUAUAAAUUAUGUCAAGUCGAGAAGUGUUAGACGGCAUGAGCAUACAUAAGUAAUAGAUAGUAGAAGAUACCAACGCAGCAACAACUCAACUAAAUUAAAAUCAACUCAACUCCAAUGCAACCUACCAAACAGGGUAAAUGCAAAGCCAUGUUUUGUUCAAUGAAACUUAACAGAACGAACACCAACAACAGCAACAACAAUAACAACGACUAAGUAUUAUUGGAAGCAAUGCUGAAGGCGCAUGUCAAUGGAUUACAAAAAGGUGCUGCACACUGCGGCCCAGUGUGCGUUAGUUAUUUGAUUGUGAUUGCCUAUAUUAAGUUUUUGUCUAUGAUUUUUGCUCAUUUCACGUUAACUGUUUUUGAUUUGGCUUAAAUUAUACGCAUACAUACUUACAUACACGCAAACAAAAACAAAUGGAAACUCAAAAAAAUAUAUAUAUUAUAGUUUUUAGUGUAGGUAAUGUUGUGAAUUGAGAAGUAAGAUACGUUUUUGUUGAGCCAAUAACUCCCCGCCGCAAUGAGAAAUCACAUACAAACACUCAUAAUUAUAUAAAAAAAGAUAUGCACAUACACAUAUAAAAAGCAAAGUAUGUAUGUGAGUCAAGUGAAGAUGCUGGAUGUCUGCACGUCAAAUGGAUGGGGAGGUGAAAUGGUGGUAGAGAUGUAUAGCGUUAGGACGAUGAGGCAUUAGUUGAAAGUACACUUUACUCAAAAUGUCAAUAUCAUUUGGUUAAAAAAAUAAUAAGAAAUAAAAACUAAAAACUAAAAUCAACAAUUAAAAAUUAAGAAAGUACGCGUAUAAUUUUAUUGAUGAGGGUUAAAUUAAGUUUAACUGGAUAUACAAGCAUACAUACAUAUAAACUAUAUUUACAUAUAAACAUAGCUAUGUAAUUUAAGUUUAGGCUCGAAAGAAUGGUCAUUAAAUGUCCACAAAUUAAGCAAGAAACAAAUAAAGAUAAAUGCAUGUAAACUGAAGAUAAAAACAAUAACUAAACCUAAAUGAAACUCACAAAUAGGAAUCACAAAAAAGGGGGAAAUAAAAUAAAAAUAGCGAACAAGUAACAAAAUAUUAAUAAAGCAAGAUAUUGUAACGCAUUUCACCGUAGUUGGAUACAAAAAAAACGCAUAACGCAAUGUAGGAAAAAAUCAGUAAACAAAAUACAAAAAUGCCAGUAUAAAUCGGAUGUUAGUAAAACAAAAAGAAAGAAAUCGAAGCAAACGUGAAAAUCUUGUCAAGCAUAUACCAAAUCAUUAUUAAGCGUAGCAGUUAAAUUUGUACAUACAUACAUACAAACAUAGCAUAGCAACAUUCAUACACUAAAAUACAUACAUAUUUAUAUACACAAGUAAAUUAGAAGUACAUAAAGAAAUAACAAGAAAGAAAUUCACACAAAUCUAAAGAUCAUAAAAAUUUAAAUUGAAAAUGCAGUUAAAAACGAAUUUAGAAAUGCAUUAAGGAUCAACAAAAUUUAAAAAAAAAAAAAACAGAAGAAAACGAACGCAUUAUUGUAAUAAUCUUUAUGUGCUUGUACGUUGCUGUAUGUGAAAUGUAUUUGUAUUUGUUUUUUACCAAUCAGAAUUGUUGCUAAAUUACUAAAAAAAUAUAACACAAAUGAAAAAAAAAUUAAAAAAAAAACAUGAAGAGGUGAACAGAAAUAGUUAUGGAGACAAUGUUUGAACCCAUUUUAUCUUGGUUAUGUUUUAAAUUUGUUUCCAUGUAUUGUAUUUUUUAUGUUUCAAUAUUAAACGAUUUUUUACACUAAUAUUAACCUAUUUCUGAAUAUUGAAGCAACAAUAAGAGAAUUAUUUAAGUAAACCGAUAAAGCGUUUUAACGUA